AUUUGAUCCUUGGAUGUAGAGCGCGGCUACUGUGUUUUUUGCGUUAUUCUCGCACUUAACUUACCUCCAAUCCAGACGGAAACCUGUCAGCAACUGAAUGCUAUAGCAUCAUAAUGGCAGGAGUAAAAUUUAUUAGAGUUUGCGAAGAUGAUAAUGAGAGUCCCAUUGAGGUACCGAUUGAAGAUGAUGGCACAGUACUUCUUGCCACACUAAAGUCCGUGUUUCCAAAGUCAACUGGUCUCAAGUAUUUAGCUCCUGAUUCAGGUUGCCUGAGGGGUGUAAGGCUUAAUGAUGGAAAACUCUAUGCCCCAUCAGAUGGAUGGGUACAUGUUUAUCAGUGUGCAUUACCUAGAGAAAAUAAGCGGAAAGGUAUAGAAGAGAAAGAUACUUACAGUUCGAAGUUUAAAAAGCUAGAGGAGAAGAAGUGCACAGACCUAAUUGUUUUAAACUUGGCGUGGAAAACUGAUGAAUCCACACUAAAGGAAUAUUUCUCACGUUACGGUGACCUCGUAACAGUUCAGGUUAAAAGACAUCCAGAUUCCAAUUUGAGCAAAGGGUACGGAUUCAUUCGGUAUAGCGAUAUGGAAUCGCAAAUCAUGUGUCUGUCUGAACGACAUAGUAUAGAUGGACGCUUGUGUGACGUCAGAAUACCCAUCUCCAAGUUGGAAGGAGAUCGUCAAGAAGUAAGCCGAAAGGUACAUGUGGGUGGAAUUACUGAAUCCAUUACAGCCUCUGUGCUAAGAGAUUACUUUUCACAAUUUGGUGCAGUACUCGAUGUAUUUAUUCCCAAGCCUUUUCGUUCAUUUGCCUUCGUAUCAUUCGAAGAUCCUGAAGUUGCAGCGGAACUACUGGGAAAAGAUCAAGUUAUAGAAGGUGUUUGUGUGUCAAUCGGCUCUGCAGUCCCCAAAUUACACCCUCAGCAAAAUCGAAAUGGUCCUAUGUAUCCUAAUUCGCACUUUGGAAAUUCGCACAACCCUUGGGCCUGGCAAUACAACUCAGUAAUGAAUGGCCAUGGUUCACGUGAUUUCAACCCUGGUAUGUAUAAUUCCAUGCAAGGUUAUAAUAUGGCGUCUCAUUCACCAUUCGGAAACAAUUUUUCUUCAUAUCAGCGGCAAUACAACUCAUAUGCAAACAGAAUUAAUAUGUAGGGCUGCUUUGAACGUCUGUGUUUGUCUGUACAAAAAGAGUGAAUCAUCAGAAAGGCUACAUCAAAUUUUCUACUGAGUUUCUGCAAUUGGUGCCACUGAUAAUAAUGCGUGAUGAUGAAUGAAUGAUGAAUUGACCAUGCACAUAAAUCACAUUAAGUCUAUAUAUUUAUACUGUAAUAUAUGUUCUCAUAAGUAUGCGUUUGAUUGUGUUUAUCAAAAUGCGUUUGUUUUCUUAAUGUAAAACUUAAUGGAUUUUAUUGUACAUGUGUUAACACUUCCUUACGUGUUUACUUACGUUAAAUGGCUAUUCAUCUUGAUAAGCACUGAAUGUUACCAAACCCUCUUUUUAUCAUUGUGUGUAGCGUUUAAUUUACAUUUCCAUACUAAAAUGUUUGAAUUGACUUCAUUAUUAACUUAUAUUUAUAUAAUCUUUUUCUCAAAGAAUAUCGUUGCAUCAUCAUAAAAAUGCACUUAUUUUAUUACGUGUGUCUCUGAAAAAAAAAUCCAGCUACGAAUAAGGUCAUAUACAUCUAUAAAAUAUUUUAUGCUCGUAAAUAUGAAAGCACAUUGGAGAAUUUUCUGUCCGCUUGCACACUGGAGGAUUAUACCCUUAUCUUAAAAAUAGCAAGUAUCAAACAUCUUUUUUAUUUGAUUCUUAAGGUGAAUCACAAAUGUUCUUGGUGCUUUUGUUUGCUUAAACUACUUUGGUGUUGUGACGUAGUAAUGUGGAUUUUGUUACUUCAAGGAUUAUAUUCUGCACUUAAACCAACUCAAUAAUUAAUAUGGCUGAAAAAAUAAUACUAGUAUGUAGCUCAUUUUAUUUUCAGUGUAAACAAUAGCCUUCAGCAAUAUUAAGCUAUCGCGUUUUGGGGGUUCGACUGAGCAAUAAUUAAAUAUUUAGACAGUUUGUACACCUAAUUUCGUGUAUUAAAAAUGAAGCGCAAUUAGUUCUUCUGAUUGCUUCUGAGUGUGAUCGUGAUUGAUUUGAUUUCACGACCAAUACUUUUUUUCAGUUUACAGCUAACAAAGUAAGUGAUGUAAGUAAAUCAGGUGCUAGUCAUCCGACUAAAUCUUUAAUGAGCGUUCAUCUUCCAAUACAUAGAUGUAAGAAUUUAGAGCGCAAAGCAUUCUCCAAACAGUGUAAUAUGGUUGGCUGUUUAUCAAACCGAUCCUAGAUUGGGUAGCUUUGUAAUGUCAGAUAACCGAGCUCCGCCAAAAUUAUCAUUUACUAUUUUUAUACUUUCUUGUACAUUUUUAUCUAACCUGCUUAAUGCUCCAUCUAAUCAAUUUCAGAUGUCAUGUGAUGAAUUUUAUCGUGAUAUUAAGCGUCAUGGUAGUACAGCUCAGGAUACCAAUCUCACUGUAGUACUCAAAAAUCAUUGUCUGUACUUUAAUUAUUUCGUUAGUACCUGUCUCACUCAUUUUUGUGAUUAAUAAAACUUGUCUUACCAGGUGAUUAUUAGUUUGAUAUAGCUCAUUUACCAGGCCGUUUCAUGUAAUCGGAUCUAAUUAAUACCAUGAAAGCUGGCGAGGCGGGAUCCGAACUUGCAGCUUACUGGUUAGAGUUCAAGCGCCGUAAUCAAUAAUCCAUUAGUCAUACUAAUGUUAUGUUUAUUUGUGUGAUUAGUGUAUUGUUGCAGACACUGGAUAGUGCUAAAUAUAUCCUACACUUUAGAGAUUUUUUACUAGUUUAAUCUGUGAUUGCUGUGAUGUGUUUUGAAAAAAAAUUGUGUUCCUUUCCAUACAACUGGUUUAUUAUAAACAGUAAAUAAAUUAUACUCAAUUAUAUGCAUGAUCAUGAUCUUACCCAGUAGUCUAAACUAGAGUACGUGGAGUAAGAUUUAAAAUUUCAAUCAUUUACUGAACAUUAAACUAUAUAAUUAGUGAAUCCCAGUCCUGUCGUAUCAAACCUUUUCACUUAAAUUAUCUGAUAUUCAUUAUAAUUAAAACAUGAAAAAGUUUUUAUAAGUAACUUCGGUCAAGUAUAUUUUCAUGAUAUCCUGUUUUAUUUGGGAAUAUUGUCAACAUUUAUUAAUUACAAACCUCUAAUCCACACACAAUAUCAAACAGUUAUAUUGAAUUGAUCUAUCGACAAACUAGUUUGUUUGUAACUAGACAUUCAGUGUUCUGUCUUCUAUUAUAAUCGAAAAUUUUAUGGUGAAAUAUUGAUCACAUGUAAUUUAUUAACAUUCUCGCCGAUCGCAUUAAAGCAAAUAAAGGUGGACCUAUUUUCUUUCCAAACUACAAUCGGGUGAACGUUAUAAACCUUCGAAAGACAUUAAAUUGAAAUUGGGCGUAUUUUCCUUAUUUAUGUAUACUGCCGGGCUAUUCCUAGUUUUUAUUAUCAAGUAAUCCGUGUGUAUUUUGUUUCUAGAAAAUAUAAUGCUAAAACUAAGACAUAAUGAAUUGACACCUGGUAGAGUUUACUAGAAUACCAUACAAACUUCGAUUAUUACUCUUAACAACAUAAAAUGUUUACAUUCAUUUUUAGUGUAGCUUUUGCUAACUAUAUACGAUACUUUUGUAAAUAAAUCGAUUGUCUGCUUUUAAUAUAACGCGCAUUCCUGUAGCCGUCAUGAAAAAUUAAGGUCAUGUUCAUAAAUCUUGCGAAUUGAUUGAUUAAAUUUUUACUUUUAUAAUCAGGCAGCUUAUUUUUUAAUCUCACUUAAUUUGAACAACUCUAAGUAUGUACAUCCAUUUGUAUCAUUAUUCUUAUGUUUGAAUUGUUUAGAUAAAAUACUUAUUUAUUCUGAAUGCAUUAAUAACUAUGCUGUUCACAUUUCUUUUGUUAUAACAGUAGUAGUGUGAAGAAUCAUUUAGUUUUCACAAUUUUUAACCUUGAAAUAUUAACCGUCUAUGCAUAUAGUGAAUUAUUUGUCUAUCAAUAUCUUGUAGAUUUUGUAUGGUAAUUCAUAUAUGUUCAUUAACUCCUAGCUUUUAAAUCAUGAUUAUAUUGUUAGUUGUUGCCACAAUAUUGUUUCUUCAUUCUCCAAGAUAAAUUUACUGAAAUGAUCUCAAAAUCUAUUGUAUGUGAUCAGAUUACUUUCAGUAGAUUAAUGUUGAGCAGUCGUAAAUACCUAUGGAUUUGGUACAAGUAUGUAUCUGUCCGAACUAUUGUAUCUAAUAGGACAGCUGAGGAAGCGAGUUAAUGGAAUAGUAAUAAUAAGUUCGGGAUCUAGAGAAAAAUAGAGGAAUGUAACUGCAACCGAUAGUUGAGUGCUCUCAUCUAUGGUCUGUCAACACCAGUUACGAAACCACUCGAAAGGUGACUGAAAGGAUGAUUUCAUCGGUCAUGUACUCUAACAUUUUAAAGUACCAUUUUGUGUAAAAUAUCUUUUCCAUCAAAAAUAUUGUAUAUCACGGAAAUAUAUUGGCUGUACAGAGUUCCAGCUGACUGUUCAUAUUUGACUUACUGAAACGCCGGUAGUCAUAUUUUGUUCGAAUCAGAUCUUUGUUUUUUUAUGUUCCUAAAAUAUUCACUUGGAUAGUUUUUUUUCAUAGUUCACCAACAUUACUGUCAAAUGCCUACCGGGUUUGUUCACAGUCCAGUCUUUCACAUGCUUCUGCACAUUAUUUCGCUUGUCAUGAGAUAGAACUACUAAGUAGUCGGAUUGAAGUCGAUUUCCAUUUUGAUUGCGUUAUGCCUUAGAGUUGUUGUAUAAAGCCAUUUAAACUUUUUCAAGCAUUUCAGAUAAAAGAUUAAAAUCAACCACUCGAAUCGAGAAACAUCUAUUAUUUUUAUAAUGAUGUUUUUAGAUACUGAGAUGGUGGAGAAGAUUUGUAGCUCAGGUGGAUGAUUUUGAUGAAGUUUUGUUCUCUGAGCUGGAUGGUUUGGUCAUGGAGCUUUCAUCGUUCUUUUGAACGACAUCAUCAGCACAAACUUCAGGUAGUCAAAUCAACGCACGAAAAAACGUAGCUGAAAAAACAAAUUUUUCAUAAAAUCGAAAAAUACGAGGGAUUCAAACAUAUAUUUUUGUUUCCUGCUGGUUUUAUUGACGUGAUACAAAAGUGAAUAUUUUUUGCACUCCCAACGCG